AUGGAUCCAUCGCCAAGGGCCAGAUCAAUUGUCGUUCACGUGGAGGGAAUGACAUGCAGUUCUUGCGUGCAGACAAUUGAGCAGCAUAUUGGGAAGCUAAAUGGAAUUCAUGUCAUUAAAGUUUCUUUGGACGAGAAGAGCGCCACCAUUGUUUACGACCCCAAAGAGCAAAACCCGGAGUUGCUCCAGGAAGCCAUCGAAGACAUGGGGUUUGAGGCGGUUCUUGGCGACACCAAACCACAGCCCGUUCCACAUGACACCACUUUUCUUACAAUUCCCACCCAGGCAACUCCAACCUGUGAACAGAUUCGUAGCGACCUCCUAAAGGUCAAAGGCAUUCUGGACGUGAAAAUCUCUUCUGACAAAACAACUCUAGUUGUAACCUUUAUCUCCUCUAUUCUAACUAGCAAACAGGUUAAUGAAAUAGUACCAGGAUUAAGUUUGGACAAUGCAUUACAAGAUAAAAAUAAAGGAACAUGUGAGGAUGUAAGUUUAAACCAAAUAAAUGACGUGGUGCUAAGACUGAAAAUAGAGGGGAUGACCUGCCAUUCCUGUACGAGCACCAUCGAAGGAAAAAUUGGCAAAUUGCAAGGGAUCAAGCGGAUUAAAGUUUCCCUGGAUAACCAGGAAGCCAUGGUCACUUACCAGCCUCACCUCAUCACAUCAGAAGAAAUAAGGAAGCAAAUAGAAGCAGCGGGAUUCAUCGCCUCCGAAAAGAAAAUGCCGAAACCGCUGCAGCUGGGCUCCAUUGACAUCGAGCGGCUGAAGAGCAGCCACACCGGGCGCUCGGAAGGGCCCCCGCCAGAGAGUCUGGGAGGCAAGCCAGAGGGGAAGACCGUCGUCUUCCGCGUGGAUGGCAUGCACUGCAACUCGUGUGUCUUCAACAUCCAGAGCAGCCUCUUGGCGCUGCCUUCGGUGAGCAGCAUCACAGUGUCGUUGCAAGAGAAGUCGGCUGUCGUCCAGUAUAACCCCAGCCUCAUCAGCCUCGGGGCGCUCAGGAGAGCGAUUGAGGCCGUCUCCCCGGGGACUUUCAAGGCCUGCGUUUUGGACGCGCAUGAAAAGGCCGAGCGCCUGAGCAACUCCAGAUCUCCCCCGAAGCCGCCUCUCCCCGUAGCUGUACACAGCAUCGGGCCCCAUCCCCUCACGCUGGUGACCGUCAUCCGCAUCGAAGGGAUGACUUGCCACUCCUGCGUGCAGUCGAUCGAGGGGCUCAUUUCACAGAAACCUGGCGUGAAGUCGGUCUGUGUGUCGUUGCGGGACCGUAAUGGGACUAUUGAAUAUGACCCAACUCUGACCUCUCCGGCCGAUUUAAAGGACUCAAUUGAAGACAUGGGCUUUGACGCAGCCGUAGCUGUGCCGCCAAGCCCAGAGCCCAUAGUGCUAAUCACGGAGCCUUCCCAGGAGAGGCUGGCUAAAACUCAAGAGAGCAAGCUGCCCAAAACAGUCGCUCACCCCAGCCUGUCGCCGGUUCCGAACAGACCAGGUUUGAAGGCGCCGUCCAAAUGCUACAUUCAGAUCACUGGUAUGACCUGCGCUUCCUGUGUGGCCAACAUUGAGAGGAACCUGAAGAGAGAAGAUGGGAUAUGCUCUGUGCUUGUUGCCCUGAUGGCUGGGAAGGCCGAAGUGAGAUACGACCCUUCCGUCAUCCAGCCCCCGACGGUAGCAGAGAGGAUUAGAGAGCUGGGGUUUGGUGCUCUGGUGCUGGAGGAUUACGAUGAAGGCAAUGGCAUCUUGGAGCUGGUUGUCAGGGGGAUGACUUGUGCCUCGUGUGUUCAUAAAAUAGAAUCUACCCUUAUGAAAACAAAAGGGGUUUUGUACAGCUCAGUGGCCCUGGCAACCAACAAAGCCCACGUUAAGUACGAUCCGGAGAUCAUUGGCCCUCGGGAUGUUAUACAGAUUAUACAGAAUCUAGGAUUUAAUGCUACAUUGGUAAAAAAAGACCGAUCUGCUAGCCACUUAGACCACAAGCAUGAAAUAAGACAGUGGAAACAGUCCUUCCUCGUGAGCCUCAUUUUCUGCAUCCCUGUAAUGGGGCUCAUGAUCUACAUGAUGGUGAUGGAGAGUCACAUGUCGGCCAUGCAGGAGGCUUCUAACUGGACUCAAGAAGAAACAGAAGUAGAAGUUCACCACCCAUCCAUGUUCCUGGAGCAGCAGAUUCUUCCCGGACUGUCUGUGAUGAAUUUGCUCUCCUUUUUAUUGUGUGUUCCUGUUCAGUUCUUCGGAGGCUGGCACUUCUACAUUCAAGCCUACAAAGCGCUGAAGCACAAAGCAGCCAACAUGGACGUGCUGAUUGUCCUGGCCACGACCAUCGCCUUUGUCUACUCCUUUGUGGUUCUUCUGGUUGCAAUGGCUGAGCAGGCAGUGGCCAAUCCGGUGACUUUCUUUGACACACCGCCGAUGCUCUUUGUGUUCAUUUCGUUGGGCCGCUGGCUGGAGCACGUGGCCAAGGGUAAAACAUCAGAGGCCCUUGCGAAGCUAAUUUCACUACAAGCAACAGAAGCAACCAUUGUUACUUUAGGUCCAGAUAAUACUCUCAUGAGCGAAGAGCAAGUGGAUGUCGAACUAGUUCAGCGGGGUGACAUUGUGAAGGUGGUCCCAGGCGGCAAGUUCCCCGUGGAUGGACGAGUGAUUGAAGGACACUCGAUGGUAGACGAAUCGCUCAUCACAGGUGAAGCAAUGCCCGUGACCAAGAAACCUGGCAGUUCAGUCAUAGCUGGUUCAAUAAAUCAGAAUGGAUCCCUGUUGAUCUCAGCAACCCACGUUGGGUCUGACACUACCCUCUGCCAGAUCGUAAAGCUUGUGGAAGAAGCUCAGACAUCAAAGGCACCAAUUCAGCAGUUUGCUGACAAACUGAGUGGCUAUUUUGUUCCUUUCAUUGUUGGUGUUUCUGUGAUUACACUUCUUGCUUGGAUUGUGAUUGGCUUUGUCAAUUUUCAAGUGGUGGAAACCUACUUUCUUGGCUACAAUAAGAGCAUUUCCAACGCAGAGGUCGUGAUCCGCUUUGCUUUUCAAGCCUCCAUCACCGUGCUGUGCAUCGCCUGCCCUUGUUCCUUGGGGCUGGCAACUCCAACGGCUGUGAUGGUGGGAACUGGCGUAGGAGCGCAGAACGGCAUCCUGAUCAAAGGCGGAGAGCCACUGGAGAUGGCGCACAAGGUUAAAGUUGUGAUGUUUGAUAAAACAGGAACCAUCACCCAUGGAACUCCCGUGGUGGUGCAGAUGAAGAUGCUAGUGGAGAGCAACCGGAUUCCCCGUAAGAAAGUCUUGGCGCUGGUGGGGACAGCGGAGAGCCACAGUGAGCACCCUUUGGGAGCGGCAAUCACCAAGUACUGCAAACAGGAAUUGGACGCAGAUACCCUUGGGGCAUGCACUGAUUUCCAGGUGGUGCCCGGCUGUGGUAUUAGCUGUAAAGUUACCAAUAUUGAAGCCUUACUCCGUAGCAAGAGUGAAACUGUGGAAGAGACCAAUGUCAGGAACGCUGCUCUCCUGAGCAUGGAUGAGAAGGAUGACCCACUCUUGCAGCCAGCUUUGAUCAUCAAUGAGCAGGUGCCAGACACGUGGAUGUCUCACAAAUAUUCGGUUCUCAUUGGAAACCGAGAGUGGAUGUCUAGGAACGGCCUCCUUCUCAAGAGUGAUAUUGACGAAGCCAUGACGGAGCAUGAGCGCCGAGGCCGCACGGCGGUUCUUAUAGCUGUGGAUGGGGAGUUGUGUGGCCUGGUCGCCAUUGCUGACACCGUGAAGCCCGAAGCGGAUCUUGCUGUGCGGACCCUGAAGGGGAUGGGCUUGGAAGUGGUUCUGAUGACAGGGGACAAUGGCAAGACAGCCAGGUCCAUCGCUGCUCAGGUUGGCAUCACCAAAGUAUUUGCUGAAGUGCUCCCCUCCCACAAAGUGGCCAAAGUGAGGCAGCUGCAGGAAGAAGGGAAACGGGUGGCUAUGGUGGGCGAUGGCAUCAACGAUUCCCCAGCCCUGGCCAUGGCUAAUGUGGGCAUUGCCAUCGGCACAGGCACAGACGUGGCUAUUGAAGCGGCGGACAUGGUUUUGAUCAGGAAUGAUUUGCUGGAUGUGGUGGCAAGCAUAGAUUUAUCACGGAAAACUGUUAAAAGGAUACGGAUCAACUUCGUCUUCGCUCUCAUAUACAAUCUUAUUGGUAUUCCGGUCGCGGCAGGCGUCUUCCUGCCGAUUGGCUUGGUCCUGCAGCCUUGGAUGGGCUCUGCAGCGAUGGCGGCCUCCUCCGUGUCCGUUGUGUUGUCUUCUCUCCUGCUAAAACUUUACAAGAAGCCCACCUGUGAGAAGUACGAGCGCCACGCCCGCACCCAGGGGAGGUGCAAGAGCUCUUCAGAAAUCAGUGUCCACAUUGGGAUUGACGAGGUUGGACCCGGGUCCCCGAAACUGAGCCUCAUGGACCGAAUUAUCCACUACAGCCAGGCCUCGAUCAGCUCCCUCUUCUCCGACAAGCACUCCCUCAGCAACAUUGCCCUGAGCGAGCCCGACAAGCAUUCGCUCCUGGUUGGCCGUUCCCAGGAGGAAGACGACACGACCGUCUGAAGAGGUGGAAGAGGUCCAGGAGGUCGGCUCUUUGGGCCUCUCGUGCGCCGAAGUGGGGUCACUCGGGGGGGUCUUUCCACCCCAGGGAGGUCGGGGUGCUGUUCUACGCUACUUCGCCCCUCUUAGCAGCCAGCAUGGGACAGAAGGUUCCACAAUGGAGCAGAAACCAGAGCUGCAACAUUGAGUUGAUUUUUUUGGGGUGGGGGAAGAAGCCCAAAUAAGGGCAUCUUCCGGUGGCUCCCAGCCCGUCGUUUCUGGGUCUUGACGUUCUUUUCCUAUUUGCCAAAGAAGCGUGCCUUACUUCUACACGGAAGCGGAGGCCUUCUCAGGAAAGGUCUCGCCUGGAACUGGGCCAGAGAAGAAGCAGAGCAGUCCCCCUUCUGGAUCCCUCGCCUCUCGGCCCACUAGGGACUGGGCCCUCCUCCUCCUCCUCCUCCUCCUCCUCCUCCUCCUCCUCCUCCUCCUGAGGCUGUGGGAAGCCAGCCCGGCCCUGAUACCUCCUGGGCCUCAGCAUCGCGUCUGUCCCUCCCUCCCUCCCUCCUUUGUGGCUUGCGAGGAGGAGCGCAGGGACCGACCCAGCUUGCCCUCCUCUUGCCUGGUUUGCAGGAACCAAAGCUCUGCCACUCCUUCCCGCUCUGUCAGGCUUCUCCCCUUCUCGUUUUGUGUGGGAGUCCAGCUCUUCCUUCUCCCUCUGGUCAUCGUCCAGACCCCCAAAGGACUGAAGUUGCCAGUUGCCCCCCAGCCUUCCUCGUGGGUUUCCGUCAGGCUGAGACUGAGGGGCCAGGUGUGCGUAGCUGGGGGGAUCCCGAGGCCUCGUGCACCGUCCUCCCUACCAGAUCGGCCUUUUUCCAGUGCUGACUUCAAAAGACAAGAUCUGGCUUGAUUACGAAUAGCUGUUUGGAGAACAAAACUGGCCUUGCGCACACCUUGAGGCUUUGAUAAGUUUGAAUUGGAAAGAAUUGCAAGAAUUAGCCCUGCAAGCUCAGCAGUGUUUUUUAACCUGACGAUGGACUUGUCUUCAUUGAACACGGGGAGACACACCUAUCAGGAUCAAAGUUCAUGGGAAAAAAAUGUUUACUUAAUUGUUUUUAAGUCCCCAAAUUCAGGCAUUUUAACACUCCUUGUAAAAGCAUUUGGGAUACCCAGCUAGAGAAAUGUAGCCCAAGCCACAGCUUUUAAAAAUCCUUUCUCCUCUUUUAGCCCCCCCCCCCCCCCCAGGAGUGGCCUCCGGAAGAAAGAAGAGUCAGAAAAUUGCAGGGAUUGUGCUGACAAUACACAAAGAAAGAACUGCAAAAAUUCUUUGUAGAUUAGUGAAAAGCCACUUCCAGGGGUGUCUUGCACUUUUUAUUUAUCUUUCCUGGAAGUUGCACACAAAAAACACCCCGUAUCCAUUAAGGACUCCAAGAGAGAGAGAGAGAGAGAGAGAGAGUGGGGAAGUGAGGUUUUGUCCAGGGAGAAUUAAACUCUUCCUCCCGAAGCCCUUCCUCUCCCCCGGCCCCCUUUCCCAAGCCUGUUUUCGCUCUCCAGGCCCUGAUUCUGUUCUCAGCUGGAGGUGGAUCAGGUUGUUAGGAAACAGGGCUCAUGUCUGGCUUACCCCUGCCCAAGAUGGCCCCUUCCAGGUGGCUGUGGAUUAUGGUUCCCGA